UCCAUUAGCGACGAUGGCUCGUACCAAGCUAGUUGCUCUUGCCUUCGUAGUUUUGCUAAGCAUUGGCCUCUCUGAGGCAGGCCGAUUCUUGACGUCUGGUGGUGGUGGUGGAGGUGGCGGUGAAGGUGGGGGUGGUGGCUCCGGAAAUGGCUCCGGCUCCGGCUAUGGUUCCGGGUCGGGUUAUGGUGAAGGAGGUGGAUCUGGGGCCAGUGGUGGAGGCUAUGGAAGUGGUGGAGGUGGUGGCGGCUCCGGCGGCGGCAGUGGAAACGGAAGCGGGUCUGGAUACGGUGAGGGAGGAGGUGCCCAGGGAAGAGGGUAUGGAAGCGGCGGCGGUGGCGGUGGCGGUUCGGGCUCUGCGUCAGGCUCGGGAUCAGGGUAUGGAUCUGGUUAUGGGAGUGGUGGGGGACACGGUCAACCUUAAAUCCUAUACACCUAUGAUCGCAUGAAGCUCUUCCCGUAUCUUUGAUGUUUCUGCGCUCCCUUUCCGUUUCCCUAUCAUUUUCUAUUUUCCCUUUCAGGGAUGUGUCUGUGAGUUUGGUUGUAAUCAAUAAUUAACUGGUGAUAAGCUCCAGCCUGUACUACUUAAUAAAUAAAGGAAAGGCUUCUGUUCAUUAUUAAACA